AUGGCGAGCGGGGUGGAUAGCAUCAGCGCCCUCCCGGACGACGUCCUCCACAGCGUGCUCCGUUUACUUCCGGCCGAAGAGGUGGUGCGGACGUGCGUGCUCGCCCGGCGCUGGCGCGGCGUCUGGAGAUCCGUGCCCUCCCUCCGCUUCAACGGCGCCGAGGGGUGGGGCAGUGCCGACAGAUUCGCCCAGUUCGUCGACCACCUGCUCCACCUCAGAUUCGGGGGCGACGGGGGCGCACGGGCGCCUCUGGAUUCCUGCGAAUUCGACUUCGACGCCGACGGAUUCAUGCAACUGCCGGCUAACGAGCGGCACGCGAGCCACUGGAUCUGGCAAGCCGUGCCCCAUGUCCGGGUGCUUCGGCUUCAUGUCACCGAGUUCGACCAGGAACCCUCACCACUAUCUGAUCUGCGUCUCGUUUCCCAGCACCUCACGAGAUUAGAUCUUGUUGGUGUAGCUGUCAACGACAGCGUUAUGGAUUUUUCACGCUGUCCGGCAUUGGUGGAACUGAGUAUGGAGGUCUGCGAUGUUUUCGCCAACCAGCUCUUGUCUCCAUCCUUGAAGCAUCUGCGCAUUGCCCGCUACUUUACUGCCGAGGAUAGUCGCAUUCAUAUUUCUCUACCAAGUCUCGUUUCGCUCGAGUUGAUUGUAUGCCGCCAAGGAAGGAGCCCAUCGCUCGGAAGCAUGCCGCUGUUAGCAAGAGCUGUUGUUGUACUUAAGAAUGAUUGUGCUGAUCGGUGCUUUAAGGGUCGAUUUAAUGAUUGUGGUGAUACAUGUUAUGGUUGUCGUUAUUAUUAUGGAGAUCCUGAGUUUGGACCUACUUAUGACCGCAACGACAGCAUAUUUCUCAAAGGUUUGUCCGAGGCUACGGACUUGGAGCUGUCAGCUGAUUCUGAUGUGAUUCUUUUUGACAGGGAUUUGAAGUGGUGCCCUACAUUUACCAAGUUAAAGACUUUGUUACUCAAUGACUGGUGCUUGGCUGCUGGCCACAAUGCAUUAAUCUGUUUUCUCCAGCACUCACCAAUUUUAGAGAAGCUUACACUUCAACUUUCUAAGGGACGUUCAUAUGUAAGUGAAACACAAGGAAUAUACAAACCAUUGGGACAGUCAGUUGCAUCCAACUGUCUUAAGAUAGUUGAAAUCAAAUGUGCAAAUGUUGAUAGUAAGGUUCACAGACUUUUGAAGAUAUUGACUACCUAUGGCAUACGCCUUGAGCAAAUUAGGGUCCAACAUACUAGCAGAAUUUCUGGAUCUGAAUGCUUCAACUUUGUUUGCACUGAUUUCAGCUAA